AUGCCGAGACGAAGGAGGACGGCCGUGGUGAGAACUCGAAUAUCGAUGGCCAGAGGUCGGAUAAUACUUGAGGUGUGUAUUGAAGAUAGUAAAUUUAUUUAUGAAAGCUGUAAUUAGCAAUCUUAUGCAAUUACUGUUUAGGACACUUUUGGCGAUGACACUAGACUAAACGGAGACACCACUUUUCGACCAGAAAAGAGAACGUAUGCUAGGAACGCAAGACCUAGGGCACUAAGAAAACGUCCUAAAAUUGUUGAGGAGGAAGAUGUAGAUAUGGGGCCGGAUCCUCAAGAGAUGGAACGACUCAUGGGAGUGGUAAUUUGGUUUAUACAUUGUUUUUACUUUGAAUUUAGGAACGUGAUGCCAAUUAUGAAUUGAAUAUUGAGACAGUGGCUCCUGAGACUUAUAUCAUCAAUGGUAAAGUAAAAGUGGCAAAGUCUGAAGUGAGUUUACUUUUUUACUAAAUGUAGGCGUUAUACUACAUUGAAUUUCAUAAGUACUAGGAUAUAUUUCAUUAAUAAUGUUAUUCUAGGGCAGCAACGAUGAUGUUCUUCGUUCAGAUGUAACUGUUGGAGAAUGCGACGAACAAUCUACUGUAAUAUUUGAUUAUACUGGAGAUAUAUAUGCAGAUAAUAGCAGGUCGUUUUCUAUAGGAACAUCAAGUCCUUGUGUUCCAUCUUCACUUGAAAAGUCAAUUGUUCAAGAAUCUAUCGACAACAGUAAAAGGAGUGAAAAGCCAACAGUAAGCAAUAUACCGAAUGAAAUUAUCUUAUGUUUUAGAGUUUUGUACCUAAAGAUAGUUUGCAAUCAACGGUUACGGUUGUAGAAUGUGGCGAACAGCCGGCCAAUGAAUGUUCUACCCGGUUGCGUUCUAUGGGAACAGCACGUUUUUGUGUUCCACAUUUACUUGAACUGUCAAGAGAAGUUGUCGAAGAAUCUUUUGUUCGCAAUAAAGAGAAUGAAAAGUCAUCAGUAAGUAUUAUAUUAUAUAAAGUAUUCUAUUUGUUUUAGGACUUGGCAGCUAAAGAUAAAGUACAGUCGACGGGAUGUCAUGAACAGUCUGCCGUGUUGUGUGGUGGUACUGAGGGUCUGAAUGCAGGUAGUAUCAAGUCGUCUUUUAUGGGAACGUCAAUUUCUUCUGUUCCAUCUUUACUUGUACAGUCAGCGGAACUUAUUCAAGAACCUGUUGGUAGCAGUAAAAGGAAUGAUAAGUCAUCAGUAAGUAGUAUAUUUAAUUGAAGUAUUGUAUUUGUUUUAGAGUUUUGUACCUAAGGAUAGAGCACAAUCAACGGUUACAAAUGUAACGGGUGAAGACUGUGGCGCACAUUCUAUCGAACAGUCUGCUGGGAUACGCGCUUCUUCUGAGGAUCCAAAGGCAGAUAGUGGUCAGUUGUCUUUUGUUGGAACGUCAAGUCCUUCUGUUCCUUCUUUAAUUGAAAAAUCAGAAGAAGCUGUUAAACAAUCUGUCGCGAGCAGUAAAAGGAAUGAAAAGUCAGCAGUAAGUUGCAGGAGGGACAAAUUGGAGUAUUGUAAAAUGUUUUAGAGUUUUGUACCUAAAGAGAACGUACAAUCAACGGUUGGAGAAUGCGAAAAACUGUCUACUACGAUAUUGGACUAUACUCAGGAUUUCAAUGAAAAUAGUAGCCAGUCGUCUUCUAUGUUAACAUCUACCCCUUCCGUACCAUAUAAUCCUCCUUUACUUCAAAAGUCAACAAUUGUUCAAGAAUCAGUUAAUACCAGGAAAAGCAAUGAAGACACAUUAGUAAGUUGCAUUUUAGUUGAAGUAUUCUUUUUGUUACAGUGUUUUGUAUCUAAAGAUAACUUACAGUCAAUGGUUGGAGAGUUUGGUGAACAGUCUACCGUAAAGUCUGACCAUAAUGGAGACAUUAAUGCAGACAGUAGCCAAUCGCUUUCUAUUGGAACACCAAGUAGCCGGUCUUCUUCUGUAUCAUCAAGACCUUGUGUAUCUUUACUUGAAAAGUCAACAGUUGUUCAAGAAUAUGUUGUUAGCAUUAAAAGUGACGACAAGCCAACAGUAAGUAGUAUAUUUUAUUUAAGUAUUUUUUUUGUUUUAAAUUUUUUCAUCUGAACAUAGUGUACCGUCAACGUUUUUGGUUUUUAAUCUUAUAGCUUAUGCUGCUUAAAAAAUUUUUAAAGUUACAGAACGCUUUUCAUACUGUAAACAUCUAUUUUAGGAUUGUGCCGAAGUACCUGAAGCUCAGAAUCUCGAAAACACAUCAUUGUUUGGUGAUUCGACUAUAUACUCUAUUCAGCCUGACCUGACGUCGUUUACUUCCGGAAAACAGUCGGUCUUGAGUAUUCGAGUACUUUUCUUCAUGUCAUUUUUACAUAAAACACUUAUUUUUUUGUUCUUUGCGAUUAAAUUCUUUAUAUUGUUGUUUUCAGAGCGAAGGUGAAUGUUAUCUGGAAGGCUAUAAUGGCGACAUGGAUGAUCACGUUGCUCAACUUAUGCACAUUUGUGGCCAAGACGACUUUAUUUACUUUGAGGACUAUAUCAAAAGGUUUAGAAACCUUUCUAAGCUUGGCGAGGGUACUUUUGGUGAGGUCUUCAGAGCUGAUUUCGAUGGAUCGCUGGUUGCAUUAAAGGUAACAUGAGCUAUUUGUAAAUUAUUUCUUUAGGUCGUGCCGUUUGUGAAGGACAUGAAUGACAUAAUUGAAGUCAAUGGUGACUACACAAAGCCGGCGCAGAAUAUUCUACCAGAGUUGCUCAUUUCGAAGUCACUGUCAGAUUUGGGAGAUCACUACAUCAACCAGACGCCGGGCUUUGUCAAAGUUCACGAUGCAAAGGUUGUUAAAGGUACGGUUUUGAUUACAUUACAUCUACUUUUUUGUAUAUUGUUGAUGUUAAUGGUGAUUUUCAGGUGAUUGGCCGGAAAAUCUGCUUCAGUGUUGGAAGGUGUUUCAAAAGAAGCAUAAAGCAAAGGCCUACAAUACAUACCCAGCGGAAUACAUGGACGCCCAGAAGAUAUUCUAUCUUUUGAUUUCGUUAGAAUAUGGAGGCGAUGACUUGGAAUGUUAUGUAACGGAGAAGAAGCUUCUGAAGACUGAGAAAGAGGUCUUAAGUCUUCUUAUUCAAUCCUGCAUGACACUUUCCGUUGCCGAGGCCGCUAUAAAGUUUGAACACCGGGAUUUACACUGGGGAAACGUGCUGGUCAAGUCUUUGGAUGACAAGGACACGCAAAUAUCGUAAGCAGGGACGUCGCUGCGGUUUUUCUGUGGGAGGGGGGCGGGGGGUUGGAGACCCAAAAAAAUUUUUUGGUCCACAGAUCCUGUGGACCGAUUUUUCGAAAAUUUUUUUUUCCUUUUUUCACGUACAUGUACCACCUGUGGAUUUUUUUUCGGAUCGGCUCUGGGGGGGGGGAGUCACCCCGAACCACUUCCCCCCCCUCCCCCCCCAAACGACGUCCCUGAUCGUAAGGUUCUUUUACCUUUCAGUCUUUUAUAAUCAAUUUGACGUCUUACAUUCGUAUUUUAGUUAUCUUUAUAACGGAACAGAGAUCCACUUGAAAUCCUAUGGUUUAAAGGUGAGUUUGAUCGAUUUCACGAAUGGCAGGAUGAGUCUAAACGGGGCCACAAUAUACCUCGAUUUAUCCACCGACGAAGACAUGUUUACUGGAAAAGGAGAAGGAAAGAAAGGGGGCGACUAUCAGUUUGAUAUCUACAGGAUGAUGAAAGACUUAAACCAGUGAGUACUUAUGUUAACUUUAUUAUUUUAGUGUAUAAAUAAAAUUAAUGCCCAAUUUAUAUAUAUUUUUAUACCGGCGCUAGACAAAUGCGGUUUUUGGACAUUUGCGGAUCUGCGGUUUUUAGACACUUGCGGAUCUUCGGUUUUUGGACACUUGCGGAUUUUGGACAUUUGCGGAUUUUUUAAAAGUUUUUUUUUAUUUUUUAUUUAAUUCAGUUGUAGUAUGGUACUAAAUGGUACUAAAGUUUAAAUUGGCACUGUCUUAAUAUUUCUUAAUGUUAAAUAGUACUAAAUUUUUAAUUGGUACUGUUUUUAUAUUUUUGGUACUAAAUAGUACUAAAAGCCCAAAAUGGUACUGUUAUGUUAAAACCGUACCGAUUCAAACUUUAGUACAAUUUAGUACCAUAAUACAACUAAAUUAACUAAAAAAUAAAAAAAAACUUUUAAAAAAUCCGCAAAUGUCCAAAAACCGCAUUUGUCCUAGCGCCUUUAUAUCUUAUGUGAUUGCAGGAAUGAAUGGUCUACUUUCACACCCAAGACGAACAACUUUUGGGUGCACUAUUUGUCCAAGAAACUUAUCAACAAUAUACCUCGGCUUGCUCGCUCUCGGAAGAAAGAAUUACAAGACUUGUUUGAUCAUAUACUAGAAGCCGAUACGAUACAGGACUUUAUCGUGCUUCCAGAAGUCCACGAACUCUUCAAGGAUUAUAUUGUUUGA